UGCACCAUCCGAUGAACAUUCCGUCUUCCGCUAUCGACCGGACCGGUAUACUGUUUAGUUCGUGAUGUUUUACGAAAUGCGUGACAAGCAAUAUGAUUCCGGGUCGUCGUGCCUGGGCCGAUGCUGGGUGUUGGUGGCUAUGUGCGGGUUACUCAUAACUGUGUCGUUUAUCGGGAUGACGCUGUGGCUCGGAAUGAACAGCAGACCGGAUGUGCCGGCGGCCGUGUAUCAGCCGCCUGUACACGCGGUCCCGAACGUGCACAGACACCACUACGAGGUUACUACGGUCAAGUCCGCGUUUCCGACGGCCGACUACGACGCAAUGCCCACUACGAGCAUAAAGAACAAAAAAGGUAGGAUUGAAAUAGUCGAACACGAGAAAAUGGCCAAAAUCGAACCAACCACUCCUACUACGCGGGUCGAGGCUAAGCUCGACAACGGCGUGAAUCCGAUGGAGGAGACCAUAGAGCCGUCCAGGAUGAACGGAGUGAGAAAAAAGAGUGAGGUAGUGUAUCCGAAUUGGUCCGAAAUGGAAGGGAAGACCGAAGACGAGGUGGAGCCGCCGCAGGAAUUUCAGCCUUAUUAUGUGAGUGAGCAGCCAGACACGCAAAAGUUCAACCCCAUACCCGCGUUUUCCUACCUUAAAGAACACCCUAUCCGAUUGUCAGAAAAAGAUAUCCGACCGCCGGGCACUACCGAAAGUGAAGAAUAUCCUUAUUUCUAUCCCCAGUUCGAGGACGUAACGCCCGCAGAUGAGAAAACCGUAAAUCCAGUGUUUACGUUUUUACGGAAAAGGUUACAGGAUGUUCGCGAUUGGCUGGCACAGUCAGGCAUCCGAAAGAACCAGACUCAAUGGAUUCAAAUGGUUGACGCUGUUAAUCAAUCGCUAUACACGAAAAAUGCCACAAUCGUAUUGUCUAAGCUUCGUGAAAUGUACGCCAAUACCAGUGAUGUAGCUGCCGACACGCCUGUAGCUAGCCUAAUUUAUCCAGCUGCCGCUAACGAUUCCGCCGCUAGCCUAGUUUCGUUUGGACUGUUGGCUAUCGAUCUUUUUCUGUUGCACAACGUACAGCAAAUUGCCCUUAAUGAAGACGCGGAAGCCGGGCAGCAAAUGCUCAACGACCCGGACGUGGUGGCAUUGAAUGCGCUGUUUUUGCCUCCCGACCGUGUUAAACAACUACGGUCGGCUAAUUCGAGAGUGUUAUCUGACGACCGUCGUGACAAAAACCCUAAAGGAUUCGUAUCUGAGUUGAUGGAAUUUAUCAAUGGUGGUCUAAGAGCAAUACUCAAUCUGAGUAGGGCGUACAGGAGUAGCUCUCGAGCGGCCAAAGCUGAAGGGAAAAGCGUGGGUGAUAACCCCACUGCAAGUGGAUCAUCGUUGGAUUGUAUUUGGACAUUAUACUGUCGAAAUCUAGACAAGACUGCUAAACUGGACGGACCUUAUGGAUUUUUGGCGAAGAUGAACAGUUUGGGUCUACGUUUAAUGAUGGGUGAAUUUCCCGUCGAGAGAGCGCUGGAGCAUUUAAUCAAGGAAUCGGCUCACGGAUGGCGGAGAUUGAAUUGUGAUCGACUUUUCCCCAGGUGUAACGGGGAAGAAGCCAAGGAGGUGGUCAUCGAAACGGCACUUGGGCAAAACCUGUCCGGUGAUUCCGAAUCAUCAUAAUCGUCUCUAAAUAACCCUUUCUAUACUCCAUCGUAUUAUACUACUGCCAGUGAGUUAACUAAAAGAUAGGUCGAAGGUCACUUUUUUCGUGUUUUAUAAUUGAUGCGCUCAAUGUAUAGAGACACUUCCAAACGGAGGCACGAUAAAAGCGCACCUGAACCAAUCUUUCAGAAACCUCUGUUUAUCAAUCAUAUUUGAUUCACGUUCCAUGAUACGAUAAUAAUAACAUGACGGCACAAACUCAAAAAUAAUGAAAUAUAGUUUAAGUGUCUGUCGUUAUUGAAAACUAGUUCCUCUGAAAAAUAAUGUGUUAGGUAUAUCUAUAAAAAAACAUAAUACAAAUUAUGAAAAAAAAAUGUGUAGGUAGUUUAUAACGGCAAAAUAGUUUUGUUCCCACCUAAACUAGCCGAUAAAUUUUUUCCGAUCAGUAAUUUUCUAAAUCGAUAUCAUCAUGAACUAUGAAUUGUCAACCGUUAUUUCGGGAAGAACAAACAACAGGGGAUUUAUUAUUAUUUAUAUUAUUUUUUAUUUCGUUUGUUGCUAUACUUUCCAUUUUUUCGUAUUCUAUAAAUUUCAUACACCUUAGAAGUAUACAAUAUAAGGAACACCCGUCGAUAACUUAUAUCAAUCGUAAUGAACAGUAGUUAUGUGUUAACAGUAAAUUGGAAUGAUUGGAUUAUUAUCCAAUGGUUAUAGUUCGAUUCAAAAAUAUUCUUUCCUAUUCAGUGGCUAAAUAAAUAGAUGUUAUAAAUUUUUUAAAAUAAAAAAUGAUAUAGGUACCAAUUAUAUACGUGCGUUGGUUAUCAAUUAUUGAUAGGUAGACAAGUUUGUGUCACCACAGUCUACAACGUCUGUAUAAAACAAUAAAAUUUUACUCCUAAACUAUAUUGAAUGUUGUUAUUUUAUUUUAACAUCAAAAUCUUUUUUCAUAUUAUUUGUAUUAAUCAUAAUUGUAUCUUUAAAAAUAUUUUUGUAAAGUACGAAUUAUUUACAGUAAAAUUCAUCGCUAAAUGAUUAUGUAAUAUCGUGCUAAUAGGUGUUAAUUAUUGAAUUAUUUAUGGAAUAUUUUCUCAUAGUAAACUAAGGUAUAUUUAUACAUUAUGUUUUAAUAAUUUAUUAAUGUUAUUUAUAGUUGUAUUAAUUUAGA